UAUUUGUUUUUUGGUCCUAUGAGAAAAAGUUUGGGCACCCCUUCCCUACUAUUGCUGAAAUGCGACAAUAUUACUUAAUACCAAAAGGGGGCAGUAGUGUUUCAAAAUGCCAGCUUGCGUCGAUGCACUUCAUUAGUGAGGUUUUGUCACUCACCGUUUCCCAUAACCCGUGUCAUUUCUUCUAUUAGUCGGAGCAGGAGAGGCACUGGAGGAUUCAGGGAAGAUCGCAACUUCAUUUCUGCAUUUCAUUUCACGCAUUUUAAUGUUUUUUUUUUAUGUGAGAACAAGCGAUUUCCACUGACAUUGCGACAAUAAGAGUAGCGCGCAAUUAAAGCACGAUUAAAUUCGUAUUGUUUAACAGAUCAACAAAUAAGACGUCAAUAAAUAUGUUUUAGUAGCAUGCAAGUCUAAGACACUGCAAAGACUUCAUCCCAUGAACUCCAUACGCCCUAAAUCUGUGCUUUGAUUUUUCAAGUGUUCACUUUGUAGUUCUAGUCAAAGUAACAGGGUUUUAGGGAGAAAAAAAAACCAAAACCUCCAGCAUGCAGACAGCGCGUGUGAGCGUUCAGGGGAGGGCGAAAUGAGUGAUGCUGCUGAGCCAAUGGAGAUACUCGCGCGAGGAGAGGAGCAUCUGUCCGAAACCUAAACUAACCGCUGGCACAAUAACGCGACUGAGGAGCGCGUCGAGCUCAUCUUCUGACUGAACUUUCAAGACUUUGGGAGAUUCGCAGGUGCUGGACGACAAAAUAAGGCAAUUCAAACAGGACCCAAUGUUUAUCCCAUAGAUCUACUGGACAUCAUACCCCAGUGACAACAUCAUUUCCCACUGACCCCAAGAGACUCUUCCUUCUGUGUAGGCGAAAAUCUCCAGUUAGGAGAACUAGAGCUACAUCAUCUGUGGUUUUCCCAUCUGAGAUGAACAUUUGAAGAAAAGCCAAAGGAAGUGUACAAAAGGCUGAACAGCAGGAUUAGUAUUACAGCUUUUUUGCUUCUAAACCCAAAGAAGAAUCCAAUGGCGACAUCAAAUGUGGACUGAUUGUACUCAGUCAGAGCUCCCAGCGGCAGCACUUUGGCCCCAGAUGAAACUGAUGUUUUUCUGCAUAAUUCUUAGUCAGUCUGGAGCCGUUACCCCUCCUGCUCUGUGUGUCGUAGCAUGUGGCUCGGACUCAACAUCCACAGCAUCUUAAUUACACAGCCAAGCCGAUUUAGACCACACAGGAAACAUCUCUACAUCUGGAGAUACACUGCCUUUUAGAGAGAGAUACACAUCACUGGAGACUUCUGAUCUGCUUUUUGUCCUCUAUAUCUAUGCGAUUACACAAAAGAAACCUAAAAGAGAAAAGAAGCCUACACCAGACAUGAGGGUCACAACAGCACAUUUGGCAGGACUACAAAAAGCAAUUCCACGUGGAUAAAUUAGAGUCGGAGUUACACUUUUUUUUGUGGAAAAUUUACAACAACACGACUUGCAGGAAACGACUAAAAGACUUAAAAGGGCCUGAUGCACCUUUUAAGGGCAGCAACAAAAAUGAAUAAAUCAUCAAGAGGGAGCGAGGGCUAGUUCUUCUCAGAGAGCAGUGAAGGAAACGCUCUCCUCCCCCUGCUGCGAAUGAGAGCUUGAACUGAGCUCUCUGGAAGACUGACAGUCUCUCCUGCUCUCUAGCCUGGUGGUUUGUUGAUGGAUUUGCCUUGAUUUUUGGUGUUUCUCAGCCCUCCCUCUACGUGCCCGUGUCAUGCUCUGUUGCCGGCGAGCCGUCCAGGAGCCAUGCCCAUCCCUGAGAUGGCUUUGAGCCCGGUGAAGUCUCUGUACUGGGAGGUGUUUCCCUCCAUGGCCACGCAGCGGGUGUACUGUACGCCCAUCCUCUGGGCUGGACGCCUCUAUGUGCUGGGCGGCUGCAGUGAGAACGGCCUCCCUUUGGACUCCGCCGAGGUGCUGGAUCUAGAGAGCCAGCGUUGGUGCGAGCUGCCUCCGCUGCCCACAGCUCGUGCUGGGGCAUCUGCUGUAGCUGUCGGGGACCAGCUGAUGGUUAUGGGGGGUAUGGAUGCGCAGCAGAGCCCGCUGGCCUCAGUGGAAGUCUACCACCCUGAUGAGGGCAAGUGGGAGAGGAAGACAGGACUGGGUCAGCCUUCUAUGGGCAUCACCACACUGGAGAAAGAUGGUAAAGUGUAUGCGUUGGGUGGAAUGGGAGCUGACACGACCCCUCAGGCCACAGUGAGACUGUAUGAGGCGACGAAGGACCAGUGGCUGCCCCUCACCUCUAUGCCCACCCCUCGAUACGGAGCCUUCUCCUUCCUGCGCGGAAACAAGAUCUACGUCCUGGGUGGGCGUCAGGGAAAGCUGCCAGUGACUGCAUUCGAGGCUUUCGAUCUUGAGAUGAAGAGCUGGACGAGGUACCCGUCUAUCCCCAGCCGCAGAGCAUUCUCGUCGUGUGCUGCCAGUGACAGAGCCUUCUUCAGCCUCGGCGGCCUUCAGCAGCCCGGACCACACAACUUUUACUCCAGACCUCACUUUGUCUCCACUGUAGAGGAAUUUGAUUGUGAGCAGGGUGUGUGGUUGAAGGCCACGCGGAGCUGUCGGAUGAGAGAGAAGCGGGCAGACUUUGUAGCUGGUUGUCUCGGUGGACGGGUCAUUGCUGCAGGAGGACUCGGUAACCAGCCAUCCCCGCUGGCAUCAGUGGAGUGUUAUAAUCAGCUGAAGAGGAGAUGGGAACCCGUUGCCCCUUUACCCAGCCCUCGCUGCUCCUGUGCCUCCAUUCAGACCCCCAACAUGCUCUUUCUCAUCGGAGGGGUGUCGCAGGGUCCCAGUAACGCUGUGGAAGCCCUCUGUUUGAAAGAGACUGUCUGACAAACACACAUACAAAUGAACAGCUACACAGAUCCUCACAUGCUGGACUUUCCAAAGUGUAAGCUCUGCAAUCACACACACAUACACACAUACUCUGACGUCAUGCUGAUGUGUUUGUCUCUGACAAAUAACUCACAGACUUUCCCUCAGAGGACACAUCAGCUUUAUACUUCGAAUAUUGGAGACAAUCUACUGGAGCUUGAACAACGGUCCACAUCUCUGGGCAGAAGAGUUACGGACUGGAGAUUUAAGACAAGCAAAAAAUACAUAAUAAUUAAUCCAACCUAUAUACAUAUAUAUUUACUAUAGCACUGUAUUAAUAAAUAUAUUUAUUAAUAGAGCGAAUAUUAAAUAACACAUAUAUAGAUGUCCAGAACUACACAGACAGGCACACGCAACACUCCAGGCGCCUUUGAACUGUACUGCAUUUUUCAGAAUCAAAGCAGGGUAAUUUUCUGGCAAACUAAAGAGGAACUUAGGGCCAUAUAUCCACCACGCUGCCGCAGCCCGUCUGGGGUGGUAUGUUUAGCACUUUUUGUACUAUUGACAAACAGAGGAUCCUCGGCGUGAGACUUCAGAAAUGGGAGGCGGAUGCUUGAACGUGUGUGUUUUUUGUACCUUCGCAGUCAUGCACGUGUGAAACUGAGCAUUAGGGUGAGUGGAAAAUGGCGGAUCACUGAUGCCUCACUGUAGUAUAAGAUGAGAGUGUAUUUAAUCUUGACGGUUAUUUAAAGGAAUGUUCUGGGUUCAAAAUCAUCCAAGUAUAAGAGUGUCUCUGACAUACAGUGAGAAGCACUAUCAGUAACGUUAGUGUGUUUCUCAGUUGGUGAAAACAAAAAUGUGUUUGCAGUAAUGCAAUAAUAUUAAUAUUAUAUUUAUAUAAUAGAUGGUUAUAUCAUGAUCAUAUUAAAGAAAUAGUUUGCCCCAAAAUAAAAAUAAAAAUGUUCUAAACCCAUAAGACUUUUGUUUAUGCACAUUAACGCAGCAUUUUAAAAUAUUCUGAUACCUACAAUAGAUCAAAAUUUAAGUCUAUCUGCUGUAAAAUAAAAAAAAUAAAAAAGUGCAUCAGUUUAGUGUUUUAUUGACACAAAAGUAGAGCUUCAGUUCCUACAGUUUAUGUUGAUUCUGUCCCUUUAUUGUUGUUUAAAGUAGUGCACAAGUGUGUAUUUCCAGUAUUUAAAUGCCUAAAGAAAUAAAUAGGAUUCUUUCUGUUUUAACAGUUCACAUAAACACAACACAUAUGCAUUGUGGUUCUUUAGAUAUUUAGUCAAUUAAGACUUCCUUGCUAUAGUCUUGUGCAAUACAAGUUAUUUGUUAUUUGCACAAAGCAUUUGCAUUGCUUUAGGAUUUGGAAUUAAACUACUGUAGUGACAUGGAUUCACUUAACUGAAUUAUUUGAAGCUUGACAUUUUGGGGUGAGCAGAGUUUAAAUGUAAUUUCAGAAAUCUCUCUAGUUUCAUCAAAAUAUUGCCGGUGUCAUGAAGAUAUUUGAAAGUCUUGUGGGUUUUAAACAAACUGAAAAGUAAAUUAUGGCAAUUUUUUUUAUGCCUUUAACUGCCCCACCAACAAAAAAAAUUGCAUUGCAUUUCUUAACUCCUAAUGUUGCUAGUUAACAAACUUCAAUGCACAUCAACACACGUUUCUCAAAUGUCAAGCAUUUGGUAGAGUUUGAUAUGUUGGUUUAUGGUAAAAGUACCGGAAUUAAUACAUAGAAAACUAAAAAUCAGGAAAUAUGAAGUGUAAGACCUUUUUAUCUGUAAUAAAUAAUCAAAAUAAAACA